AUGUUUGGUGCUGUCCGGAGGAAGGCUGGGAGCGGAAGCGGCAGCGAGGUUGAUCCACAGAAUGGUAGCCCAGAAGCCACCGCAUCGCAAUGCGUGAAAGCAUUCUGCGAAUCAGCAGGAGGACCGAACAGCGCUGGCGAUGAAGUCACAUACCUACCGUCGAUUGUCGAUGCCGCCGAAUCGUCACCACAGGCAGCUGCAGAAUGUGCGCGGCUUAUCAGGAAGUACUUGAAAAGGGACAACUGGUCGAAAGCAUCCUAUCAAUACAACGCCAUCAUGCUAAUGCGGAUUCUCACCGACAACCCCGGCCCAACGUUCACCAGGAAUAUGGAUCAGAAAUUCGUGGACGUUAUGAAGGAGGCGCUUAAAAGUCACCGCGAUCCGAGUGUGUUGCAACUCUUGAUGGAGACCUUGAACGCUUUUGAGAACACCAAGUCGCAAGACGAGGGACUGGCUCCUCUCAUCGAUAUGUGGAGGAGAGAAAAGGACAAGGCGCAAAAGGGAGGGUGGAAACCUCAACCUCAACAGCAACAACAACCGCCAAUGAUGACAAAUGGCCCGCGGCCAGAUUCUCAUUCGCAGAACUACUUCGCGCGAAGUCACUCGAACCGACAACUUCCAGAACCUGUCGAGCUGGCUAGUCGUUUGGAGGAAGCGCGAACAUCAGCCAAGCUGCUUCAAGAGGCUGUCACAAACACGCCGCCUAGUGAGGUUCUGAACAAUGACUUUAUGAAGGAGUUCGCAGACCGCUGCACAAGUGCAAGCAGAAGUAUUCAAGGUUACAUGGCAACCGAAAACCCAGGUCCUGACAACGAGACCAUGGAAAGCCUAAUCGACACCAACGAGCAGCUUCAGGCUGCAUUGAGUUUGCAUCAGAGGGCUAUGCUACAAGCCAGGAAACAGGCCGGUGUGGGUGCACCAGCUGAGCCGUUGCCCGAAUCUCUACCGGUGCCCGUGUCGAACGGAGCUGGGUCUUCACGGCAACCAUCGCCACACCGACCAACGUACGAUGACUCAGAUGAGUAUGAAGCGCCGCCCAUGCCUCCCCCUAAGCGGGUUGGGAAGGGCAAGGAGCGGGAGUACGAUGAUAGCAUCGCAGGUCCGUCGCGAACGCAUACUCCUGGGCUAGAGGAUGACCCCUUCAGGGACCCUGCACCGGAGCCCACAGGUUCUGGCUCACGUGCUGGUGGCUCUGGGCUUGGCAGUUCCAAAUUUGCAGACGACGAGCCGAGACUUGCUUACGAACCCUUCCACCCAGGUUUCAAUGCUACGCCAAGCUACUUGGGAAGACAGGAUAGCGCCAUCGGGAAGGAGGCAAUGCAUGGAGCUGUGCCCCAAGAUCCGUCGCGACUUUCGGGGAUCAAAGAUGACGAUGAGGAGCUGUACGAUGUCACGCCGCAGAAAAGCAAGGAGCCCAUCUAUCGGUACUAG